AUGGCAGUUUCUUCAUCAUUGUCAUUGCAGUCUUGCCAUUGGAGAUACCAUGUGUUCCCAAGCUUCAGCGGCAAAGACGUCCGUCGAACAUUUCUCAGCCACCUGCUCAAGGAGUUCCAGCGAAAAGGAAUCCGUACGUUCAUAGAUAAUGAUAUCAAGAGAAGCCAAAUUAUCAGUUCUGAGCUCGUUCAUGCUAUAAGGGAAUCUAGGAUUGUGGUUGUAGUGCUGUCGCGAACCUAUGCAUCUUCAAGCUGGUGUUUGAAUGAGUUGGUGGAGAUAAAGAAUGUUAGCCAGAACAUCAUGCCGGUUUUCUACGAAGUGGAUCCAUCUGAUGUGAGGAAACUACGAGGAGAAUUUGGAAAGGCGUUUGAGAAAGCAUGUGAAGGACAGCCAGAUGAGGAAGUGAAGCAGAGAUGGAGAGAAGCUUUGGUCUAUAUGGCUAAUAUAGCCGGCGAGUCUUCUCAAAAUUGGGACAAUGAAGCAGACAUGAUUGAAAAAAUUGCUAUGAGCAUUUCAAAUGAAUUGAAUUUUACACCAUCACGAGAUGCUGAUAAUCUGGUUGGAAUUGACGCUCAUAUGAGAGAGAUGGAUUCACUGUUAUGUCUAGAAUCAACUGAAGUGAAGAUGGUGGGGAUUUGGGGUCCUGCAGGAAUUGGCAAGACAACAGUUGCCAGAGCUUUAUUCAACCGACUCUCUGAAAACUUCCAACACACUAUUUUUAUGGAGAAUGUUAAGGGAAGUACUAAGAGCUCGGAACUUGAUAGCUAUGGCUUCAAACUGCGUUUGCAAGAAGAGUUUCUGUCUGAAGUUAUUGAUCAUAAGCGUAUGAAGAUACAUGAUUUAGGUUUGGUAAAGGAAAGAUUGCAGGAUCUGAAAGUUCUUGUUGUUCUUGAUGAUGUUGAUAACCUAGAACAACUUGAUGCCUUAGUGAAACAGACUCAGUGGUUUGGUUCUGGAAGUAGGAUCAUCGUGACCACGGAAAACAAACAGCUUUUGAGAGCGCAUGAAAUCAAUUUCAUAUACGAGUUGGGUUUUCCAUCUAGACGUGAGUCUCUUCAGAUUUUCUGCCAAUCUGCAUUUGGAGACAGCUCUGCACCAGAUGGUUGUACUGAGAUUGCUACUGAAAUUACAAAGCUUGCUGGCUAUCUUCCCCUAGCUCUGAAGGUUUUGGGGUCCUCUCUGCGAGGGAUGAGCAAAGAUGAACAAAAAUCAGCAUUGCCUCGACUCAGAACCAGUCUAAAUGAGGACAUUAGAAAUGUUUUAAGAGUCGGAUAUGAUGGUUUACACGAGAAGGAUAAGGCCAUAUUCCUUCAUAUUGCGUGUUUAUUUAAUGGUGAGAACGUUGAUUAUGUGAAGCAAGUACUUGCAAGUUCUGGCUUGGAUGUCAACUUUGGGCUUGAAGUCCUUACCAAUAAAUCUCUCAUACACAUAUCGAGAUGCAGUCAUACCAUUACGAUGCACAAUUUGCUAGAACAAUUGGGUAGAGAAGUUGUUUGUGAACAAUCCCUUGACGAGCCUGGAAAACGUCAAUUCUUGGUUGAUGCUUCAGAGAUAUAUGAUGUACUUGUUGAUCACACUGGUACUGGAGCUGUUUUGGGCAUAUCUUUGGACAUAUCAAAGAUCAAUGAGUGGUUUCUUAGUGAAAGAGCUUUUUGUGGGAUGCAUAAUCUGUUGUUUUUAAGAUUUUACAAUUCCUUUCCGAGGAAAGAUCAAACCGAGCUGCAUUUACCUCGGGGAUUGGAUUAUUUACCCCGUAAACUCAGGCUGCUGCACUGGGAUGCAUUCCCCAUGACAUCAAUGCCUCUGAGUUUUCGUCCAGAGUUUCUUGUUGUGAUCAAUCUAAGAAAGAGCCAACUUGAGAAGCUGUGGGAAGGAACACAACCUCUUAGAAGUCUAAAGCAGAUGGAUUUAAGUAUGUCUGCGAAUCUAAAAGAGAUUCCUGAUCUUUCAAAAGCCGUAAAUAUCGAGGAACUCUGUCUCAGCCAUUGUGAAAAUUUGGUGAUGUUACCUUCCUCGUUCAAGCACCUUAACAAAUUGGUUGUUCUUGACAUGAAGUAUUGCUCAAAGCUAGAGAUUUUCCCCAGCAAUAUGAACUUGGAAUCUCUUAGCAUCCUCAAUCUCGAUAGAUGCUCACGAUUAGAGAGUUUUCCAGAAAUUUCUUCGAAGAUUGGAUAUCUCUCUCUAUCAGAAACUGCAAUAGAAGAAGUUCCCACAACAGUCGCGUCCUGGCCAUGUCUGGCAGCACUGGACAUGUCAGGCUGCAAGAGCCUUAAGACAUUUCCAUGUCUUCCAGACACUAUAGAAUGGUUGGAUUUUAGCAGAACAGGGAUUGAAGAAGUCCCUUUGUGGAUCGAGAAACUAUUUCGGCUCAAUAAACUAUUGAUGAAUAGCUGCAUGAAGCUAAGAAGCAUCUCUUCUGGGAUAUCUAGGCUGGAACAUAUCGAAACACUAGAUUUCCUGGGAUGCAAAAAUGUUGAGAGCUUUCCUGUAGAGAUCUUCCAGAGCUCUCGGUUCUGUCAUAAUCUGGUGAUGGAGAUGAGAAACAUUCAUAACCCUGAUCUUCCUCGACCAUUCUAUUUCAGGAAUAACUAUAUUGACACUAUUCCAGAUUGUAUCACACGUCACUGCAAGCUGCCUUUUCUAAAUUCAUCAGGAACAAUCUCCAGCGAUAUUGAGAAUAAUUUCAUAUGGUUCGAUGAAGAUUGAGGAAAAGCCUUACCUAUCUUGUAGAAAUGUUGGAUCCUGUAAGAUAUUACAUGUUGAUUUUUUUAGACUCUAUAUGUUUGAGAUUCAA